CUGCAGAUCUCUGCUCCGCUCUUCCGCACCAACGGCCGAGUCUCUCUCCGGAUGCGGCCGGCCAGGCUGCCUCCCCUGUCCCCAACUCCAGUCAGCCGUGAUGUCCUGCCGUUCCUGAGUCCGAGCAGUCUACGGCCGUACCAUCCUGAACGCACCCACUCUCGUCUGAUCUCAGAAGCUAAGUUCCUAACCUUGGGGUCACUGGUAAUUGUCCGUGGAGCUUCAUGUCUGAGGGAAUGCUGGAGCUACACAUCAGAAGAAACCAGACUCCCUGAAAGACUGUGUGGAUCAGAACUAUGCCCCUUAUCUGGACCAGUCACCUCAACACCAUCAUAGCCAGGUCUGACGUGCCAGAGGAAGUGGCUUAUUACCCAUUUGGAAAGCAAUAUUUUCACAGCCUCGCUAACACUGCUUUGAUUUGGUUAUCAAAACUUAACUACUGGAAAUGGAAAACCAUGAAUAGUUCCAUUAGGACAAAUCUCCAUUAGGAAAAGCCCCAGGAGGUACUUUCAGAUGAGAAGUUCAGUGCCGUGGACUGAAAUCAUCUGGGAUGGAGUCUGGAAUGACUAGAAGGGACAGCCUGGAAAACAGCACAUGAAAAUGUACAAUUUGCAACAGUGCGUGUUUCAAGAGACUCAAUACCAGCUACCCUAAGUAAGCAGGUUCUCAGGGCACGACUAUUUUCUUCUGACACUGGCAGCUGCUUCUCCCAGCAGUGGCUUAAAAGAAAACUAACAGGAGUCAUUUUGGCAAG